GUAUAUAAUAUUUCGGCAGGUGUCAAAUUAAAGAAGAAAAUUAUUUGUGGGUAUUGUACGUUAAGAGGCACAGAGGGACACGUGGAGAGGCGAUCCCUUCCCUGUGCCUCUCUUAUUGUAAUUGGCAGUCACCACCUAAUUAAUGAAAUUAAUACAAUAAUACUUUAUAUAUCUGUCCUGGGAGGAUAUAACUAGUGGACUAAUAGUAGCAGUUGCAGUGUUCCCGAAGGCAGCCAUCGAAUAUUGUGCCCCUCCCCAUCCCGCCAUGUUCACCUUCUCCCCGCCAUGUUCACCUACAACCCCCUUUACUACUAGUUCUUCUCCUACUGCUCACCCCCACCACGAUCACUACUCCUCCUCUCCGCCCUCACUACCGCUACUGGCAGUAGCUGGCUGUACCAGUACCACUACUACUGCUACAACAGUACCCCCCGCCCACAAAGUCCUCAGGAUCAUACUCACCGACUUCGACGCCACCGAUUCCUCCAGCGACGACGACGAACAACCACCAUCGCCGCCGCCACCAGAUCGCCAAUUAUAUCCUGGUUCAAUAAGAAAAGUGAAGAAACACGUAACCCAGAUCUACUUCCCCGCGCCACCAAACUUGCAACGGGGUCACCCCCGGAAUCCAAUCCGGUCGAGGUCACUACUACCACUGCCAUCUCCUGAUCAUAUUCACGGUACUGAUGAUGAUGAUGAAUUCCUCGAUCGCAGCAUUAGUCGCCGCCGCAGGGAUGAUCAAGAGUCGAUCAGGUUCAGGGGGGUGCGUCGGAGGCCGUGGAGGCGUUGUGCUGCUGAGAUCCGGGACCCCGUCCGCAGGAAGCGGGUAUGGCUGGGCACUUACGACACCACCGAUGAAGCCGCGAACGUCUACGACGGAGCGGCCUUCCAGUUAAAGGGACCUAACGCCGUUACCAACUUCCCUCAUUAUUAUUAUUGUUGUUAUGAACCACAUGUCGUCGUAGAAACGGCUGUUGAGGGUGAUGACGCGCACAAGUCCAUGCAGCUGGAGGAGGAAGAGGCGGCGGCGGCGAGCUGCUCUCCAACGUCGGUGCUCCCUAACGAGGAGGAAGUAGUGGUGGGAACGUCGUUUGAUUUUGAUGAUGAGGAGGAGGACGAGUAUUUGAGUAGUAGUAGUAAUUAUUGGAUGAGGGCCAUGGGGGUGGACGCAUUUGGGUUUGAGAUUGUUCACGAGGAUGAUCAUGUGCAGGUAAGCGCUGCGCCGGAUCAUCAUCGAGAUUGGGUGUCGUCGGAGAAGUACUUGAGGGAGGAAGACCUGCUGCUCGGAGACUUUGACCUCGAUCAAUUCUCAUCGGUACUGGUAUCUACCGGAUCAUGAUCCCAUCCAUCCAUAUAUAUCAUACGGCUCUUUGAUUUCUCUACUGGUAUUCGUAGGAUACCUGGGAGCGGGCUACUUGGGUUCAUGGCUGAAGAAGCUAGCCAGCUGGCUUAAUUAUUAAUUAAUUAAUUAGUGAAAUUGGGAUAUUGGGUAUGAGUUACGCUGUUUGUCAAAAAAAUAAAAAAAAUAAAAAAAAAUAACUACGAGUUACAUGACAUGCUAUGUUCGUUUCACAUUCAAUUAAUUUUAACAUAUCAUGUAUGCAUUAUAUUGCAAGUUAUAACAAAUUAAGUUCCAUAAGAUUAAUAUAA